CUCAAGGGUAUUACAAAAUGUUCAGCCAGUUAAGGUGGUUUCUGUUGGCCGGAUUCAUGAUCAGUAUUCGUGGGUAUACCGCGGAGGAUGUCUCGUGUUCGCGAAUCGAUUUCGACCAAGCAACAUUGACAUAUUUAUCUAGAUGUUCCUAUCUUCAGGAAUUUAUUGUGAAACCAUACAGUAAUUCGCAUAUAUUUGUUCCAUUUCGGGAUAACGCCCAGCACUACCUUACAAAUUUGUGGCAGGGGCUCACGUGCGGUGAAACAGUACAGAGUUUUAGUAUGAAUGAUCAAACGGAGUUAAGAAUGGUGUACAAUUUAGUAUUCGAUACAGAAGCAUCACUUGAGGUGCGAAUUGUGGACUUGGACAGAAUUGAUAGCGACAACAAGCCAACUGUUGUAAUUCGUUGGAAAACAGAGCAAGCAACCAGAGGAUGGGGGCUGUUUAGAGAGAGGAUGGAUAAAAUAGUCAAGCGCGCGAAGGUACAAAUUGAAGCAAACAUAAAUGCCGGCAGUGAUGUUGCAAUAGAAUACUUCACUAUUUUCAAUUACGAAGUUAAGACGGAUGAAUGCCAACAAAUCGAUGAAUUUUCUACCACAACUAGUACUCCUACAACAACAAUUGCGUUAGAAUCUACUACUUUUAUGUCAAGUACCACCACUAGUUCAACGCAUCGAACUACUGCCUCUUCUAUAGCUCCACAAACCACAGAUCCUAUGUCGACAACAGAUGUCACUACUAUCGUCACUCCAACUAUUACUGACACAACUUCCACGUCUUCUUUGUCUACUAGUAGUGUGAAAACAUCUUCCAGCACUGAGUAUACCACGACCAGCAAUUCUCCCAGAGAUGAAACAACCUCUACUUUAAUUGAAACAACAACCACAAGCACGACACCUGCUGCUACUCAUACCACUGGAUUAACGGAAAUCGAUGAAAUAACCCAAGAACCCGUUGUCGCAGAAAAAUCAACCGACUGGAUUUGGAUUGCGCUAGCCGCCACUUUUGCUGUACUAUUUUGCCUUGCCACAAGCAGUGCAAUCUUCAUCUACGCAAUGAAUAAACAGUUUCAAAAAUUUCAUCCUAGGUUAGAGAAGAGGGGACUUAAAACACCCAUAUCAGAGGUUAAAAAACAUAUUUUGAUGAAAAGGAAUCAUGAUUCUAAAAGCAUGCGAUACUAG